AUGGCAGACAAGAACCAGUCAAAGGGUGGUCCGUCAUACGUUCAGGUUGUCACUCUCAUCUUUCCUUCCCCCACUUCCAGAGAAAUCUUCGGCCGACAAACGUUCCUGUCUACUACCCGGACACUAGAGAAAAUGGACUCUGAUCAAGUCGAGAAAAUUAACGGUCUGCUCGAACGCGAUGUAGAACUACGCGAGAACAUUAAAGAUCAAGUCAACGAACUGGAUAAGAAAACACGUACAAUGGUUGGUCUACUGAACAAAAUACACUCCACACCUCCCGAUGCAUUGCCUGCGCUCUUGGAAUCUGUGCGUCCGACACUGCUAAGCUGCCGAGACGUCACCGGUGCUCUAUCUACAAUCAUUCCCCCGAAUCAAUUCUGGCGGUGGAAAGACAUGUGGUCCAAUUCCAUGAGGACUGCAGUUUUUGCUGCAGCCUUGAUCGAGUAUCUGUCGAAUCGCGCUCUCCUUUCACUCUCUCAAGCCGCCGAAUUGCUCGGGAUCAAAGAAGAGUUCAGCGAUCGCAUGACAUUGCCUGUUGAAGACUACCUCCACAGCCUAAUAAGUCUGGUGAACGAGCUGUCGAGAUUAGCCGUCAAUGCAGUCACGCUAGGCAAUUUUGAAGAACCGAUUCGAAUCUCCAUGUUUGUCAAAGACCUCUUUGCGGGGUUCUCAAUGUUGAACCUUAAAAACGACACACUCCGUCGCCGAUACGAUAGCCUCAAAUAUGACAUCAAGAAAAUAGAAGAAGUUGUAUAUGAUGUUUCUCUUCGUAAACUGGCGUCCCCUUCUCCUCGCCCUUCCUAA